CCACUCUCCAGACCAGACAGCGGCGGUAAUGCGCCAUUUCGUCGUUGAGAACACAUAUAAAACACCGCAAAGAAGAACUGACAGCCGUUUUAAAUGUAGAAGAAGAAGAAAUGAUGGUGUCAUGGCGGGUGCUCGAGCUCUACAGCGGGAUAGGAGGGAUGCAUUAUGCUUUAAAGGAGAGUGGCAUACCUGCCCAGGUAGUGGCUGCCAUCGACAUAAACACCACGGCCAAUCAAAUCUACGGCCACAAUUUCCCUGGCACGGCCCUGUGGAACAAGACCAUUGAGGGCAUAUCACUAGAUGACUUCAAUAAAUUAUCUAUCGACAUGAUUUUGAUGAGUCCUCCCUGCCAGCCUUUCACUAGGUUAGGACUUCAGGGGGACGUUGCUGACCUGAGGACCAAGAGCUUCCUCUACAUCCUCGAUCUUCUGCCAAGGCUGCGCAGGCCGCCGCGCUUCAUCCUGCUGGAGAACGUCAAAGGCUUCGAGGGCUCCUCUGCCAGGGAACGUUUGGUGAAAACACUCGUGGAAUGUGGAUACACUUUCCAUGAGAUCAUGGUCUCACCCACAAGUGUCGGGAUGCCAAAUUCCAGACUGCGUUAUUUCCUGAUUGCCAAGAUUUCAACAGAGCACUUCAUCAGUGCAAAGGUUUUAGAUGCCUUCCCACAUCCUGCUGAGAGGGACUCCCCAGAGCCGCCCACAGUGUCGAGCCCUUCCUGCUCAGGUACCCGGCAGCCAGAGGAGGGAAAGCAGGGGGGUCGGGUCCUGUAUAAGCUCGAGACCACAGUGGAUGCCCAGAGGAAGAGGAUUCAGAACAACGAUCUCUCUGUCAGGCAGAUCCAAGACUUCCUGCAACCACAGGCGGAAGUGAACCUGGAAGAGUUUCUCCUUCCUCCUAAAACUCUGCUGCGAUAUGCUCUGCUCCUGGACAUAGUCAGGCCCACGUGCAGGAGGUCUGUGUGCUUCACCAAAGGCUAUGGGCGGUAUGUGGAGGGAACCGGCUCGGUGCUGCAGUGCUGCAUGGAAACAGAGAUGGACCGUGUGUUUGGAGGUCUGGACCAGUGCUCUGAAGAAGAGAAACUGCAGCGGCUGUUGAAGCUGAAGCUCCGUUAUUUCACCCCGAGAGAAGUUGCCAACCUCAUGGGCUUCCCCCAGAGCUUCUCCUUCCCGGAGCAGAUCAGCACCAGGCAACAGUACAGAGUUCUAGGCAACAGCCUCAACGUUGUGGUGGUGGCCAGACUCCUCCAGCUGUUGGUCUCCUAGCAACACUCUGAAGGAGGAGACCAUUCUAUUUGUCACUGUGGAUUAUACACGAUAAUAUACGUAUUAUGUAUAUGCAUAUUUCUCUCU